GGCGGCGCGGGCCGGCGCACGGUCGAUAGCUGCCGGGCACGGGCACGGCCAUGAUGCGCGACGCGUGCACGCGCAAGCGGCCUCGACGUGCUGCUGUGUGAGUGUUGUGUUGUUGUGUGGACGCGUGAACGCCUCGCCCCUUGCGGUCGGCGCCUUGUGCUUUCGGAUUAUUUUUCAAUAAUGCAGCUGUCUAAUGGAGUCUAGCUUAGGCGAAAGGAAAGCCGAUUCAUGUCUUGCGCUGCAUCUACCUGCUAUGUUAUCCGAUACACGUGAAGGCGAGCCCGGGGGCGAGCGGCGGCGGUGCGCGGGCGCGGGCGGUGUGUCGCGCGGCAUGCGGCGCCGCCCGCUGCUGCUGUUGCUGCUGCUGGCGUUACUGCGCGCGCACGGCCUGCUCGCCGCGUCCGGAGAAGCCGAUUAUACAUUGGACGACUCCUUUUGGAGUGAGGAUAGUGCUUUUGGUGACCAACACGAAGAAAAUAAAUCAGAUGAGGUGGAGCGACUGCUACGGGAGUACCGUCAGAACCAAGAUCUGGUACGAAAUAUUGGAUCACACUAUUACCAAAUCAUCUAUCCCGUGCAGCUUCGACACCACGAGAAAAUGGGGAUUUCGACCAGAGAAAUUGCACCAAAGGGUCGAGGUCCUGAAUACCAGCAGGGGUCACGGUUGCGAUCAAGGACCGGCAAGCACUUUCAUCGUACAUCACUUCUCAUCAAAGCCUUCAAUCACAAGUUUCGUCUUGAUCUCGAGCUUAAUACGCAACUGCUAGCGCCGAAUCUGAAGCAAACGCAAUACCUGGCAAAUGGUGCCGAGAGCGAAGUGAGAACGGAAAUUGAGCACUGCUAUUACCACGGCACCGUUAAGGAUUACCCAGGCGCAUCUGCGGCCUUCCAUACCUGCAACGGCGUGUCCGGUGUCAUUCACAUCGGCAACGAAACCUUCGUCAUUCAUCCCUUCUACGGCGGCGAUCUAUCGCAGAAGCACCCACAUGUGAUCUUUGAAGCGCGGACGAAGAUGAACCAAGGGUGUGGCAACAGACUCGAACAGCGACAGAAGAAUAGACGUACGAAACACAUCGAAUACAUCCAGACCGUGCUAGCUGAUGAUUCAAGUUACAAAGGUAAAACUUUAGAGUGGUGGCAGACCAACCUUAGUCUAAGAGCCCUCAAGAGACUUAGAAGAGAUGUAAGAGAAACCACGAAGUACAUCGAAACGGCACUGGUGAUAGACAAGGCGAUGUUUGACAGAAGAAAUGGCAGCACACGGUCCGAAGUUGUCCAUGACGCAAUACAAGUUGCCAAUAUAGCUGACUUGUAUUUUCGCACACUAAACACCCGAGUGUCUCUCGUCUACAUCGAGUCAUGGCAGAGUGCGGACCAGGCGGACAUCGACAGGAAACAGGACAUCACUCGCGCCAUACAGAAGUUUAGCGACUAUAGCGCAAGGAAACUUUUCAAGAUCGAGAAGGACACCACUCAGCUCUUAUCCGGUUUGACGUUCCCUGGUGGUGAAUCCGGGAUUUCCGUGCCGGAUACAAUGUGCACGCCAAAGUCCGUCGGUAUAUCCGUAGACACGAAUACCUACGAACCUCAUCUACUGGCUGGAACGAUGGCACACAUGAUCGGUCAUAAUAUUGGUAUGGGUCACGACGACGGCCGAGAAAACUGCUUCUGCAGGGAUUGGCACGGAUGCAUAAUGGCGCAGUCCAUUGUUGGGUUGGAAAACGUCCAGCCCUACAAGUUCUCAGAGUGCUCGAAGAAUGAUUAUAUCAACGAGUUGCGUAUUGGACAGGGAUUAUGUUUGCUCAAUAAACCGAAUGAGUUGGUAGUUCAUCGUCAAUGUGGAAACGGACGUCUGGAUGAGGGCGAGGAGUGCGACUGUGGGACGAUAUCUGAGUGUCAGCAUCUGAAUCCAUGUUGCGAUCCCUUUACUUGUAGGCUCACUAAGGAGUCGCAAUGUGCUGAAGGAGAGUGCUGUGAGCGAUGUCAGCUAAAGCCACGCGGUAUCACAUGUCGGGAAGCGACUAACGAAUGUGAUCUCGAAGAAACCUGCACCGGCCUAUCCGGUUCUUGUCCUGUAGACGCUUACCGGAAGAACGGCGAGCCCUGCGAGUCCAGCAAGGGAUACUGCUUUGCUGGACAAUGCCCUACACUGUCCACGCAGUGCGAAAAAAUCUGGGGCACGGGCUCAAAUGGGGCAGAUAAAGAAUGCUUCGAACAGUUCAACUCCAAGGGUUCGGUUACAGGACACUGUGGGCAAGACAAUGGUGGCAAUUAUAUGAAAUGCGAUGCAGAGAACGUGAGAUGCGGUUCGCUGCAAUGUCAAUCCGGCAACAGAUAUCCCGUGGUACCGGGUAUGGACGAAUACUACACGAGAACUGUUAUUACUAUCAAAGGCAAUGAAUAUGAUUGCAAAGCGACCACAGGUUUACCAGAACAUUCCGAAAUUGGGCGCUUGGGGCUGGUCCAGGACGGGACCCCGUGCGGAGACAACCUCAUCUGUGUCAAUCAAACCUGCACCUCCAUCUUCCCGUACAUUGAUCACACCAAGUGCCCAACCGACCACAACAACAAUGAGUGCUCCGCCAGAGGGACUUGUUCAAAUGUAAACAAGUGCGUGUGUAACCGAGGAUGGACUGGACCGGACUGCUCGCAGCCGGACGCCCUGCCGCCGUCGCCGACGCCCUACGUUCCGGACAACGCUACCAAAGCGGCUUACAACAUGACAAAGAAGGAAACGCCGUAUGAGAACUACCACGGCUCGAACACGGUAUUCCUCGUGGCGGUGCUCAUGUCUGUGGUAGGGGGGGUAUUCAUAGUAUUUGCCCUGAGCGCUCUCUGCUACAGGUCAGUCGUAGUACACAAAAACUUCUCCCUGUGCCUAAGGAAAAAGAGUACGCUACCGAAGUACGACCCUCCGUACGUGAAGAAACCGAUCGCAAAAAGCUUCGCAGCCGGUUCCACUACAUCGAAUAAUUCGCAAGAGGACAUAUCGCUUGACGGUGGGAAGAUGCACGCCUUUAAUAACACGUUUAGCCGCGGAGACUCCCAGCGCGUGAUCUUCAGACACGGGAAUCACAUGUCGGGAGCUGGCAACACUAGCAGAUAUCCAGACCAUAAGCAAAUGAAACGUGUACAUUCCGGUAGUGAGGACGAACCGACCCAUUCUGGCGAAGAAGACAUCGCCUUCAUAGACGUAGCUUCUAACUCAAUGGCAAAACUGCCAGAAAAGGGUAUUCUGAAGAAGCAUGGAUAUGGUGCAGUGGACGGUAAGGACAAGUGGGCGGAAGACUCGCAGUCCGAGCAGCUGGAGGCUGGAUCACAAUCAGACGGACAGGAGCCAGCAGGGGCUGUCGCAGACAUGGAGUACAAGUUUAAGGAUUUGAACGGCUAUCACGAAAACAUAAUCGUAGCGUUAAAGACAGCCGCCGCCCAGCGAGCAAGUGCUGGUGCUGCCGUCGGCUCUGGAGACCUGCGAGCUCUCCAGGAAUACGAAUAUAAGCGAGAAAGAGCACCCAGCGCUGAGAAAAUCCAUGAAGCCGAUUUGAGAAGACAGCGAGGCGAAGAGGAAGAAGACGAAGCACCACCAUGCGGACCGAUAAGGAUCAGGAACUUAGAAGAUUUGAUCAGACAGCUCGAACAUCACUCCAGCAGACACAUGAGCCCGUCUGGAUCGGAAGAUAUAAGAAUGUCGGAGACGGAAGCCGAUAGACAUUAUCGAAUUGAAGGAGAAGUACCAGCUCGUUGUCGCGGCCGCAUCGGUGCCGGCGAGGAGGAGUCCCGCUUCGGCUACCCGCGGUUCCGCGGCAGCGCGCGUCACCACCCCGCCAUGUUCGCGGCGCCCGCGGCCACGUCCCCGGCGCUCCUGGCGCACGCGCCGCACAGCUCGCACGGGACGCACCCGGCGCACGGGACGCAUGGCGCGCACCCGGGACAUGUCGUCGCGCACGGGACGCACCGUGUCCCGCCGGAUGACGACGCGCUCUACGAAACCGCGGACACAGAAAGAUUACGCGAUGCACCCGACAGCGAGAGUGAUGAAUUUAUUCAAGCUCAACAACAGUUAGCCCGGUGGGCGAGUGAAGAGGCGGUGCCGGUGGAGCGCGACUACUUCCCCUCGCCGACCUCCCCGCUCCCCCAGCUCGGCUCUCCGCGAUCUCCGGCCAGCUCCGGCAGCGAGCGCCCGGCCGCCUUCCCCGAGUACACGCACUGACCCCCUGCCCGCCACCACUAGCCCUAGGACGCGCGUAGUGGACAUGUGAAUACGUAAUCGUUAAAAGUCAAAUGUAAAUAAUGAAUCUAAUUGCACCGACUUUAACGAUUUGACUGAAAUAAUUAGAUUAUUUAAGAGUUAAAUCGUCAAUCACAAGCCGCGCCGUCGCCGGGUCGCGUUCUUUUAAAUAUUUAUAUUCGUUUUAAAUCGAUACGCUUUAUAUACUCUUAUCUGGGUUCCGGGCCGGCGGCGGGGCGGCCGCGCGUCGGAACACAAGUCGGGGCACGCGGCGGGACGCGCGGCGGGCGUGCGUCGGGACGCGCGGCGGGACGCGCGCCGGGACGCGCGAGCAGCUGUCGUCGGGUCGCUCGAACUCGGAACGCGACCGCCGAGUGGCUUACACUUAGAUAGGCGUUUAACAAAUUCUGGUGACGUAGUAUCCGUCGAAGCUUUAAUCGAGCCGGCUCGACACCGUUCGCGAGCUCGAGACGUGCGAUCUGUGAAUUCAUCGUUCGAGCGAUCGUUUCGUGUUUCCGGUUUCGUCACCGUGUGUCCGGAGGCCGGUAGGAAGGCGGGCGUCGCAACCGUCCCCGGAGAGUAAACGAUCUCAUCGCACCGAAUCACCUCUCCGAAACGCCCAACUUCACAGACACACGUUCGGUUAGUUAAUACAACGGUAACACCAAUCUGUGCGAGUGCGACACAGCGGUUUCUUAUGCGAGUUUCGUUGGAGAACUUCUGUAAGACGUUACGCUCGGAGGUCUCGAACCGUAAUCGUAAUCUAAUAAUGUUUUUGUAUUUAGAUACAUAAAAUACACAUAUUCUAAAAUAGUUAUCUACAUUGAUGUGAAUAUAAGUUAUUUCGGAUUCAAAGUAUAUAUAUGUAUACAUGAAUAUAUAUAUAUGGUAUGUAUAAUUAUCGAAACGAAUUUACGCUGAUGUGAAAGACGUAUGUUGAAAGGGGACACUGCUUUCGAUGGGAUGUAAUGCAUCGGAUUAGAAACGAUAUAGCUUAGACUUUAGAUAUACUCUUGAUAUAAAACGUGUAAGUACCUAUGUUAUCGGUUGAAUCCACUCGUGGAAGGUGUAACCAUAGUUAGCGAAAAAAUUACGUCAACAUACGAUUUUAUCGAGCAUAAUAUUUCAUCGAGAUAGUGUCCUUGUAUGUUACAGUUUUCGUUCAUUUUAUUAUGACAAUUUAGAAAGUUAUUGUUUCAUUCGGGUUUACGCUAGGCUAGGUGGCGCCGCCACGAUUAUAGGAACUAGUAACUUAAAGUUAUAUAAUAUUGACUAGAAAAAAAUACUUCAUCUAGCCCACGUUGAUCGACAUAGGCACAGCGAGCUCUACGAACACUAGUCAACUAAAUAACCAGCGGUCACACCGGUGGCAAACCGACUUUAAUCAAUCGCCAAGUUCGUUGACCCGCGUUAUUACUCUCAUCGAUAAAAAAGCGCAACUACGCCGAUGUCGAUCGCCAUUGCACAAGCUGCGGCCCUACGACCGCGAUCAUAAUAAUUAAUCUCUUAGAUAAACGUUAUAAUAUAUUAUAUAAGGUAAACUAGGUAACUAAUUACGCGUACAGGGUAGUCUCGUUACUUAUGCUCUGUACUGGGUACGACACUCGCGACCGGUGCGGAGGCGACCGCCACAGACUCAAAAUAUUGAAUGAUAUAACCAGUAGGCUGUAAAAUGUAUGUAUCAAUUCGUAGGAAUAACAAUGUUGAAUAUUAGUAUAGGGUAUAGAAUAAGUACGUUUAAUUAUUUUAUCGCACAAUAAACAGCAUCGCUUCAUAAAUUACGUAGAAAAAUCGUUGUAAAUAGUGUCUCUAUACAUCAGCACACCUGAUUAUAUAAAAUAGCUCACAAUAGGCACAUUUAUAACUCGUGAUUUUUCUUAAGGAAAAUAUUUUACUGCCAUUUCUUAGUCUAUUAAAGAAUAUUUCAAAACUAGUAUUUAAGUAUGUUUCCUUUGCAUUUGCUUUAAAAUGCAAAUUGUACGAUCGUGGCGAAUAUAAGGAUAUAUGUGUAAUGUUUACUGAUAUUGUUGAAAUGUGUGGUCGUGGCCCGAGUGUCCUUCGCACCGCGCCAAGCGUUUUGUUAUCCCACUGACACAGCGUGAACGUCAUGUGUAUUGCGGAAUUCGUGAAGAACAGAGAGAUCGGCAGCUUCAUAAUUCACUUUUUUAUGAAGCCAAUGUGAAUCGUCGGUGCGUGUUGUGUCUGUAAAAUGUACGCGUUAGUGGACCGUCGUCUCGUUCGCGCAAGCGAGUGUCAAUCCCAGGAGGCGUCGCGUGCGCGCGCGUUUUAUAUCCAAACAUACAUGCGCGGGAAAGCAUAGCAUAGCCCUCUCAUGAUCCAGCGUAUGGCAAUAAUUGACUGUGAAUUGUCAUACAAUACUUGAACCAAAUCUUGAGGAUACGAAACCAGUAUCAUUUUCCUUUUUUAUCGUUAUAUUUUUAAUAAAAUUUCAAUUAUUAGUCUUAAAAUCGUAAUUUAAACGUAAGAGUGAAUUUCCCGCGCAUUCGUGUACCGCGCAGGCCUAAUACGUCAAUUGACGGCGCCAUACACGGUCAUUGCUCACGGUAGUGCUCUGGUGUCCUGCAAAUUUCAUCAUUUUUUAUCUGUGCGAUCGACUCGUUCAUAACUUUUUUUAUCUGUCAUUGUAGAAGUGCCAAAGAAAUUGUUUUAUGUAAAUAUUUUAGACAGUAAAGCAAUUGUUAGAUUGUAUAAUGUUAUUUAAAUUUUAUUAUAAAGGAUUUGAAUUCAACUGAAAUGUUU